AUCCCAGAUAUUCUCAACGGUACUAAAAUAUCUGGAUGCUGUGAUCAUCUUGAACUUUGACCGUUGAACCUCUGUUAAGUCCGCAAAUAGAAUUUAAAAAUCCCCGUCGUUAUAAUUCGUUACGUCAUUUCAGCUUUAUCCAUCACUAUUCUAUGAAAUAAAUUACGAUGGCAACUCUAAACACUUUUCUUGAUUCUGUUAUUUCCGAUGAAGUUGAAUGUGCAAUAUGCCUCAGUAUGUUGGAAAGACCGCGAAUACUGGAAUGCUUGCAUAGCUUUUGCGAGAAGUGCUUGGAAAAGUACUUAAAAAGCUCGAAAGAUGACUCAUCCAGGUCUGGAAAAAGCAACCUGAAGUGCGCCAUCUGCUGUGCACAUACUACAAUACCUGAAAACGGUGUCCAUGGAUUGAAACUGGACUACAGAGCUACUCGUUUGGUAGAAGCUCUACGAGAAAAGGAAACCAGAAAGAGCAAACUUGUGAAUUCAGGCAAUCACUGCGAGGUUUGUGGAUGGACUGCAAGUGUAAAAGCUUCUUCGACUAAGGAUUCGACUUUUACUUUCUGCAGCGAUUGUUGUCAGGUCCUAUGUAAACGUUGCACGACAGCACACGCUGGUUUGCGACUCACCAAAACACAUGAAGUUGCCAAGAUAUCUGAUCUGCUUGCCGGAAAGGUAACAAUAAAAAAUAAAAACCACCAAAUGCACUGUCCAAAACAUGUCGACGAAAAACUUAAGAUUUUCUGUGUGACCUGCCUUGAACCCGUCUGCCAAGAUUGUACACUGUCUGACCAUGCACAAGGAGAUCACAAGCUUAAAUUACUGAGGGACUACGUCGAGACUAUCCGCGAGGAGCUGAGCUCACGCCAAGAAAUGGUAUCCAAGAAAUAUGAUGAAUUUACAGAUUUUCUCAAUUCGGUACAAAAACUCCGAAAUGAUAUAACAGACAACGCUAAGAAGAAAAGCAAAGCCAUGGAGAAAGAUUAUACUGAAUUAAAUCGAAGGGUGAGAAUGACGCAGUUACAAAUGGAAAAGGAAGCACAGGACAUUCUUGCUGACCAAGAAAAUCAGUUAAAUCAACUGAUGAGGAAAACAGAACACAUGAGAUCACUGGCAGAUAAGAGCUUGUCUAUGUCGAGGAAGCUUCUUGAAAACAAGGAAGAUCUUGUUGGGUUGUCCUCAAUGUACAAAGAUCUUAAUCAGGCCAUGGAUAGAACUAUAGCUGAUAAACCUGACACGGAUCAGUUCCAACAGAUAAAGGAGUCAAUCGAUGACUUGCACUAUCAUGCAAAAACAAUCGAGGCGAAAAUUGGGAAAGUUGUAAUGAAUUGUGGCUGUAGGGAACGCAGCACUUUGACAGUAACAUGUAACGAUGGACCAAUAGAUGUUCAGUUCUCUCGAGACGGACGAAUUUCAGCCAUUGUUCAUGCUGAAGGCAUUACCAAUGAAUUUAUGACGCUUUAUAAAAGGCUGGCUGGAUAUUAUAAUCAGCAACAACAGUAUGAAUACACACCAUGUAGGAAAACUGCUGUGUCUACUGCUAUUCGACAGACGGCUACAAGCUUACCUCACUGUAACGAUUUCAGUUGGGUCCGUUUCCUGGAUCUGAUAUACAAAAGCAUCAGAUGUUUUUCUUCUUUUUCAGACCAACGCUUCAUCAUCGCAACCACUGAUGCGAAGUUGUACAUCCUUGGGGAUAAACUGGACCAGAUAGAUGGUAAUUUACCAAAUGGACGAAAUAUCUCUGGUUUGACAACAGACAGUGCUGACAAUAUUUACAUCACUGAUCGCGACAACCAUAAGAUAUAUGUUGUUCGGUCGAGUGGUACACUGAAGGAUACAAUCGAUGUGAAGGAUAUUUCACCGACCUGCAUCGCUGUCCCUCAUAUAGAACCAGAUUUGAUUGCGGUCUUGCACGAACCAGCAACCGUGUCCAUUCUAGACCAAUCCGGAAAGGCACUUCGCUCUAUCCACGACGAUGAAUGGAAGGAGGUGGCCAUUGGGUGUGAUGCUGAUCGCUUACUAUAUGUAUUAUGGUCAGACGAAGACAGGAAGAGGACGCUGGAAAGGUACUCCUUUCAGGGGUUGAAGGUGGAUACCCUGUUUCAGGGAGAAUCACACAGCUGUAAUAGUCUCAUUUUAGCAGUUCAACCAACUGGAGAUUCUGUAGCUGCAGUGGUAAUUACUAAAACCAUUAACUCGUUCUUUGAUGGUACUGGUGAAAUAAUGAUUGUGACUCCCAACAUGCCCAAAGAUUCAAAGGCGAAUUAGGUGCCUGACAUCAGGAGGUGGCGGCAGUCAGUGGUUUUCAAUGUCACAUGUGUAUGACGGUGCAGGCAUUCUACGCGAGUAAAGCGAAGUAAUUGAGUGAGUGCUAUUUCGAUUUACAAAGCGCAUUUCAACUGCACUUAUAUGCUAUAUACAUGUCUUCGUUUAUCACAUUUCAAAAAUGAAAUCCACCGAGUGAUUCAAUAAUCAGAAUAACGUUUUCCUUGAAAUGCAAAUUGACUAUAUAUACGCACCACCCUCUCUCAAGCCCUUAGAUUUAUUGUUAGUAAGCAAUUAAUUUAAACUGGAUGGGUUAUUUUGAUUUCUAUAGGUAGGCAGUAGGGGCGGGUUGUGUUUGAUACAGUAUUGGAUUUAUUUCAGUUUUUGUAACCUUGGUUUAUAUCUCAGUAGCAGCGAAUGUAUAAAACUCUGUGUCCAUUUAGGCGAGUAGAGCGACCGACGUACUUGCAUAAACUUGAAAACUUUGGUCAUUCUGCGUUGCCAUGGUGAUGCUCAUUUCCCUUCAGGGGGUAGAGUACAUCACGUAGGACUAUACGAAACCGGCAGGUUCAUGAAAAUGUGAUACUUAGUCGGCAGUAAUAUCAGCCCUAUUUUCUGUAACUGUAGGAGAAGUGUUCACCUUCAGUUGUGCAGACCAACAUCGUACACAAGAAAUGAAUGCAUGAAUCAGUCGUCAAAGUAAUGGUCUCCUUUUCAGUUGAUAAUUUGCUAAUGAUCGAUUCACCGCCCGCUCCUUGUAACGCUCGACCGUUUCGCGUAAUGUCAUGCACUCACCCGUUCCGCUCAAAGUAAUCGAUUUUUCCAUUCCUGACAGCGAAACAUGCCCGUUUCGUUUGAAAAAUCAUGGACCGACAGUCUUGAUGCCAAUGUGAAAGCAAACUUUCAGCUUCUUCAGGUAGCAAGCCUACUUUGGAAACUUCAAAAUUUCGUUGGACUUUGGAAAGAAGACAUGAUGGAUUAACAUUGAAUCGACAUUGAACAUUAGAUUGAUGAAAAGAUGAUGGACACCAAUGUUGCAGCAACGCUGUAAUUGAUGACUCGUCCAAAAUUGGACCAACGUUACUGGACAACGUUGGACCGAAGUUGGAAGUAUUGUUGGUCAGACGAUGCAUGCGCGUGCACUUCAAACAAUGAUGCAACGUUACCUACCAACGUUGAGGCAACGUCGGCAAAAAAUCUGUUCUUAACGUUGUUCAAACGUUUGUCCAACGCUGUAAUUCAGUCAACAUUGGAAUAGCGGUGACAUACCUUCUUAAAGCAUUGUUGCCAGACAACGUUGAUAUAACAUUGUAAACUUUGCUAGACUGACGAUGUAUGCGCGUGCACUCCCAUUAAUGCCUAAACGUUGCCUACAAACGUAUAGCAACGUCAUAAUAUAAUUGGCAAUUCAGCCAACAAAGUAUGAAUCCCUUCAAAUUUAUUACAUUUGUGUGUAAAGUCAUUAUU